AUGGCGCCUCAAGUCUUCGUCACUGGUGCCACUGGUUAUAUUGGUGGGGACUGGCUCUUCGCCGCCGCCAACGCCCACCCAGACUGGGAGCUCUCGGCUCUCGUGCGUAGCAAAGACAAGGCAGCUGUGCUAUCCAAUCAGUACCCCAAGAUCCGUGUCGUACAUGGUGACCUAGACUCCUAUGAUAUUCUUGAGGAGGAGGUGGGAAAGGCAGAUAUCGUCUUCCACUUCGCCGAUUGCGACCAUGUUCCUGCUGCAGAGGCCAUCGCUCGAGGCGCGAGACAGCAUACCCCCGAGCGCCCCUUAUGGCUGAUUCAUACCUCUGGAACCGGGUUGUUGGCCUUUGAAGACAUACGCGCACAAACAUAUGGUAUCGAGCGCCCCAAGGUGUAUAACGACUGGGAAGGCAUAGAUGAGCUCAUGGGCUUCCCUUCGGAUGCAUCUCACCGUGAUGUGGACGAAGUCAUCAUCAAAACGGGCAAAGACAUGCCUACCAGUGUUCGCACUGCCAUCGUCUGUCCCCCGACCAUAUACGGGCUUGGUCGCGGGCCGGUCGGCAAGAGGAGUAUCCAGGUCCCCAUCAUGGCUGAUGCCGUCCUCAAGCGCGGUAAAGGCUUCAUGGUCGGAGGGGGCGAAAAUAUCUGGCAUCAAGUCCAUGUGCAUGAUCUGAGCAACGUCUACCUACUUCUAGGUGAGGCUGCUGCUGAGGGUGGAGGUAGGGCGACGUGGAACGACAAGGGGUACUACCUUGCUGAAAAUGGACCUUUCGCUUGGGGUGAUAUCUGUCGUGCGUUAGCGCAAGAGGCUUUUGAUAAGGGGUAUAUCAAGACUCCUGAAGUCGAGUCGUUGGAUAGUGAUCAAACCACGGAGAUCUUGCGCAUGGGUCGGGUUGCGUGGGGUUCAAAUUCUCGUGGCACUGCUAUUCGUGCAAGGAGGCUGCUUGGUUGGGAGGCUAAGGAGCCCAAGCUAACUGAGGUGCUCCCGCAUCUUGUCGAGCUGGAGGCGAGGGGAAUUGGGCUGUAA